AUGGGCAGUUCUGAACAGCUCAUAAAGUUUACACUUAAGCUAACCCUAGGUAUCAAAGAGGAGAUCCAGAAAUCUCGCGGCGACUCUCUCGUUCAAACUCUUUCGCGACAACUCUCAGUUCAAAACCAAGGGGCUGAAAGCUCCAGGUUACAUGUAAUCCAGCGGGCACUGGAUCUUCUUGUCGCGAUCCACAAUGCUUUUGUUGACUCAAGCCUGGGUAUUGACAUUGACUAUUCCAAGGGAAACGGGCGGAGAGAAGACCCGGUUCUUGAAGAUACAAAACGGCGACGGGUGAUCCAUGGAUUGCUUGAUCUUGUUUCCCUUGAGGGAAUAUACCCUGCGCUAUCAAGUGGGGUUGGGAUCCCACUUGAGCAACGGGUAAUGUCCGCUCUGCCAACCGGCGUUGUUGCAAGACAACCAGAUCCGACCUCCGGGAACAAGGCACAUGAUGAGAGACUAUUACGCCUUAUAAUAGAUAAUUUAAGGCCCAUUAUUUGUGAUAAACGCUCUGGCAUCCAGUCAAUAAUUCUGGGAAGAAUACUAGUAGACAUACUGUGUGCCACUGCAGAACUCGCAUUUCAUUCACAGUAUCUUUCCCAGGACGAUAUCAACGUAUACGCUAAGCUAUUUCAAACGAUUAUUGAUGGAACCCCUACACCAUCCUUGCUACCCCUUCUCUCCACGUUCAUCCAAAAAAGUUCUUCAGCAUGGUUCAAAACCAGAAUAUUCAGCCAGUUGUCGCAGAUUCUCCUCCGCAGGGAUGGCGUGUUCCAAACAGUUAUUUUUAUUGCCUCUCAGUUUGCCCCGGCUUUAGGGCAAAACGUGGAAACAUCGCCCUCCAAUGGCCCUCCAAUUACUGUGCAGGCCAUCAUGCAGACGUCUCGUUUGCUAUCUUCUGUUCCUCAAACAGUUCCGGCUGACGACUAUUUUUGUAAUAUCUCUCCAAAAUUGCUAGCUCUUUUAGAUAGUGAUGAAUCAGGACUUCAGAAAACAGCCUCUUAUGUGAUUGGCAGUGGAAUACUCGGAAAGCAGUCAUAUGGGGCGCCAGGUGCGAUAGGAUAUAGAAUAUUUGUGAAACCCAUCUUCGACUCACUUCACGGUAAUCCGACAGGGGAAGUUGCUUCGUGGCUGAAGCCGUUUUCUUUAGACGGCACCCUCUUGAACGAGAGCUCACUGGAUAACCUCGAGGGUGUAAUCCUCAUAGAUGAACCGAAAUUGCUUCUAUCCCUUAAUAGGCUGAGCGCUCUGGUUUUAUUGCACCCAAACCCGGGUCUUUUAAAACGCCUGAUUCAACCUGUCUUACUGCCUCUCUGGGCGCUGAAGUGCUAUGCCAAAGAGCAUCAAAGAUCAUUCUGGUAUGACAAGGUUUCCACUCUGCUGAAAACCUUUUUUAGUGUAUCGACUGGAAUAGGGAGAUAUAAGAAACUGGCCGAUCAUAUCCUAUGGGAUGGGGGAAAUACCUGGACCUAUGGUCCAGGUCAAGAAGGCGGGAUUUCUGUCAGGAAACGUACAGAUCCCGGGAUUCAGGAGCAAUUUAACCCAAUGCAGCUCAUAUCCCUCUUAGAUGGCCGCAUUGAUGGCAUUUUAGAGCUGCUUUCCAGUGAUCCUCAAAGUGAGGAGCUUGUAGGAGACAUGUUUCUUUAUGUUAGCCAGGUGUGGCUACUAGGGCCUCCAGAACAACCUGAUCAUAAACAGCAGGAAAUUCUACGGGCCGGUAAAGAUUUACAAUCCACGUUGCAAAAGCUUACAAGUGCCAAGUUUACGGAGAAAUUACUGGAUAAAUUCAAGGACAGUCUAUCCCGACACCCUGACAAGAUACUGGGUAUAAUUGAGCAGCUUAUACGAAGCGGAAUCACGUCGAGGGUGAGUCAAGACGAAGGGAAACAGAAAACUGCAUCGUCCCGAUACUUGGGGAAUAUGGUUGAAAGCGGCCGUGAGGACAUUGAGCAGGAUAACCCCGAGGAAUCAGAGUCAUUGUCAGCUGCAUUCAGUCUUCUUUCCACCAUCCUCACCUCCCCCGAUUUUUCGUUGUCAGAAACAUUAUCCCCGGUCGUUCGAAGGAUAAAAGCCCAGCUAGGCAAGCUGCUACCAAAACUCCCGCGCUCUCUUGUUCAGCCCGCAACUACCGCAUCGAUGCUCCUUGAAAUCACCCUUACCUCUUCAUUAUCUGCGGGAGAGAAAUCGGAGACAGUUUCUUCGCGGAUAUCUGACCUCGAAAUUCAUCGCCAAGUUCUCGAGCAUCUCUCAUCUCCAUUACCCCCCAUAAAGGCUGAGGGUCUUGCCCUUCUCUCUCGCUUGAUCACCGAAUCAUCCCCUGUUCUCGAUAUACCUGCAACACUUACUCUUCUACUUUCUCUAAUAACUAAUUCAAAUUCCGAAUCUUCUUCAAACGACGAAUUCAUUUAUAUAAAUGUCAUUAAAAUUAUCGGAAUGCUUGCAUCAAAGCACCCACGGACCGUAGUCAAAACUUUGACAGAGCGCUAUGCAGAUAGAGGCGAAGAGUAUACCCUGGACCAACGGUUAAGGAUUGGUGAGGCGUUGUUGCGGACUGUUCAGGAACUGGGCGGCGCUUUGGUUGAAGAUACCGCCAAAUUACUUGGCGAAACUAUGAUUGCGGUAGCUGGGCGACGAGGUAGGAAGCCAUUUGCAAAGAGGGUUAGGGAGGAAAUAUUAGAAAAUGAAUUAAAGAAGAGGACGGGAGGAGGUGAAGAAGACAUAUUAGAUCAUGAAGCCGCGGACCUAAUGCAGCAGAUAGACGAAGUGAUGGACUCAGACACUGAAGACCCAGCGCGCAUUGCCUAUUCAGUCAAUAUAGUUAAUGCCUGGGCCGCUGGUGCCGCAUCUGACCUGGAACCCGAUGACCUUCGUGUCCGCGCAUCCGCUAUGUCCAUCUUAGCGUCAGCUAUCCAAACGAAUAUCGCAGGCCUUGGACCCUCCAUCUCAUCUUCUUCGAUUGACCUGGCCAUAUCAACCCUAAAUCUUGAACGUGGCCAGGAAAGCGCCAUCUUGCGACGAGCUGCCGUUGUCUUACUUCUUGAUCUCGUCAAAGCGCUCGACAUGGCAAGGGAAAACGGAGUUAACCUCGGUUUUGGAUUCUCCUAUAUUGAACACUCCCCAGAUUCCAACGGUCAGCGAGGACAUCCAAAUGAGGGAUCCAUUGGGAAUAUUCCCGAUAUGCUGCGCGUCCUAACAUUCGUGGAGAGCAACGAAACAGACCCUAUCGUGCGUGGGCACAUACGAGUUCUCAUAGAGAGUCUGGAGGCAUGGCUUGAAAAAUCAUUGUUGUGGGGUGUAAGGUCCUGCGAGGGAGUUGGGGAACCCAGGUUCGAGCUAGGAGAUCAACUGGCUGGGUUGGAUAUUCAUCCACAUCUUGAUAGUAGUGGUGCUGGUCAGCCGUUGGUAGGGGGGCCACGGAUAGAGGAAAUUGAAUAG